AUGGUGCAAGCAAAGCGAUUGAAGGUGUCGGGAGAGAGCACUCCAAAGAAGGAGAAAGCUGCAGCAUGUGAUGAGAAGCAAAAACAAGUGGCAAAGGCGCCAAUCCCACAGCAACCAGCGGCACUUACACAAGCCUCCAAUGACAACAAGACACAGCUCACCAAGGAGCGAUCAUUCAUCAUUCGGUGCCAAGACAAUGAUGCGGUUGUGGUCUCUCUGAUGGAAUGUGAGAUUCUGAAAAAGAAGUCCAAGUUCUUCCAAAACCUCUUGAAACCGGAUCAACGCGGCGAGGCAUCACUUUUCGAUUGGAAAAAAGACGUCUUGGAUUCCGUCAUUGAUUUGAUCACACACGGCAGUUGUGAAAUGCCACAGGACUAUUCUCAGCUGAAAGCAGCAGCUGACAAGAUUCAAAUUCCUGUACGGGUGUUACACCCUCUGGACGACAGCCGUGACAUGUCCAAUGACCAAGCUACAGUGCAAUCCCUGUUUCAAGGCUGGAACAGACGAAAGACAGAGUUCAUUUUUGAAACUUCCAUGUUUCCUCCUACCGAGACAGAAAAGUGGUCCUCACUGCUGGCCAGUGGGAUCAUUGUAUUCCGGGACCAGAAAGAUUUGGUGGUUCAACUUGCAGGAGAACGAGAGGACAAGAAACGCGCAACCCAAAUCACCACCACAACCUUUCGUGUUGCUGCUGCUGUGCCGCUUUGCGUGUCAGUGUUUCACACAUGUACAUACCUCAGCCGCUCCAUGGCUACCGAAAAGGAUCGCUUGAAGGCCACGAAAACAGGUUAUCAGAUUACGUUCAAGGGCAACCUUGGUUCGGGUCUGUAUCUGAAACACGCCCUGGGCGGUCAUGUGCAACACCGGGACCUGGAUCAACCUUCGCAUGAACUUGUGAGCUACAAUGGAACUGUGAAGGAACUAUUGGCGGCGCUCGACAUUGUGGAGGACUUUACCAUCCAAGAAAACUCAACAAAGCUCUGCCUCCUAGAAUUUCUCAAUCCCAACAGUUGGACAUUGGGCCGUCUCAUCCGCGCUUCACAACUUUUUUGUGCCGACAACCCCCCGACUCUUGGUUGGAAAGCCAAGGAAAACAAAUUCUACGUUUUGAAGUCGCUCGAGGAUAUUCGGUUGAUGCUGUCAGAUCUCUUGGAUCCAAUAACAAAGGCAGCCGAGGACGGCCCGUUUACUCUCAGGGAUCAUUCCGUGCUUCGUUUCGAUCAAUGGAGAGCUUUUUAG